AUGUCUGACGAGCCCGUCCCCAACGGCGUUACAACACCUGUCUCACCCAAGGCGAGUGGCCUGGCUUUGACCGAAUAUACCGCCGCUCCGACUCCUCCUUCGGAGCGUGUUCAACGCAUCCCUGGUGUGCCACCCAACUGGGGCAUUCCUGAAGCGUUCUUACUUCCCAAUGGAUACCCUGAUUAUCUCCGCUUGAUCCUAACCUCUCGAGUCUACGAUGUGAUCGAUGAAACACCCCUGCACCAUGCAGUGAACCUGAGCAACCGCCUGGAGAGCCGGGUCCUCCUCAAGCGGGAGGACUUGCUGCCCGUGUUCAGCUUCAAGCUUCGUGGUGCCUACAAUAAGAUGGCUCACUUGAACCCGGAACAGCGGUGGAAAGGUGUCGUUGCUUGCUCUGCUGGCAACCACGCACAGGGCGUGGCCUUCUCAGCCCGCAAGCUGAGAAUCCCUGCAACUAUCGUUAUGCCUGCUGGCACCCCUGCGAUCAAGCACCGAAAUGUUGCUCGUCUGGGAGGAAGUGUUGUCCUGCACGGAAACGACUUCGAUGCGGCCAAAGACGAGGCUCACCGUCUGGAAAAGCAGCACGGUCUCACUAAUAUCCCGCCGUUUGACGACCCCUACGUUAUUGCUGGCCAGGGUACCAUUGGCAUGGAACUCUUGCGCCAAGCGAACCUGGAUAAGCUGGAGGCGGUCUUCUGUGGGGUUGGCGGUGGAGGUCUGAUUGCCGGUAUUGGCGUGUAUCUCAAGCGCAUUGCACCGCAGGUCAAGAUCAUUGGCGUUGAGGCCUACGAUGCCAAUGCCAUGGCCCAAUCCCUGGAUGAUGGUCAGCGUGUUUUCCUCAAGGAGGUCGGUCUCUUUGCGGAUGGCGCUGCGGUCAAGUCUGUGGGAGAGGAGCCCUACCGGGUCGCGCGGGAUGUGAUUGAUGAGGUCAUCCAGGUCUCGACUGACGAGAUUUGUGCCGCUAUCAAGGAUGCAUUUGAAGAUACUCGAUCUGUGGUCGAGCCUGCCGGUGCUCUGGGUCUCGCUGGUCUGAAGAAAUACAUUGCCAAAUACCCCAGCCCUGACACGAACCGUGAGCUAAUUGCCAUCACUUCUGGUGCCAACAUGGACUUCGACCGAUUGCGCUUCGUUGCCGAGCGUGCGGCUCUUGGUGAGCGCAAGGAGGCGCUGCUGAGCGUCAAGAUUCCAGAGAAGCCCGGCGCGUUCGGAAAGCUCGUCGAAGUUAUCUUGCCUCAUGCCGUAACGGCUUUCAGCUAUCGUUAUGCCAACGACAACUCGGCUGAUGUUUUGAUGGGCAUUUCGCUCUCUGCCUUGACCGGCCGGGAGGACCUGGCCAAGAUUAUGGAAGAGCUGGAGAAGGGUGGAAUGACCAGCCGCGACCUGAGCGAUGAUGAGCUCGCUAAGCGCCAUGUGCGCUUCAUGGUUGGGGGUCGCAGCCAAGUCACCGAUGAGCGACUGUUCAUGUUUGAGUUCCCCGAGCGCCCAGGCGCCCUGGCCAAGUUCCUGACUACUCUCCGCCCUAACCAGAACAUCUCUCUGUUCCACUAUCGUAACUACGGUGGCGAUGUUGGUAAGGUUUUGGCUGGAAUCCAGUGUCCCUCGCCUGAAAAAGAAGACCUGGAGGCCUUCCUCCGUGACCUGGGCUAUCCUUUCAGCGAGCACACAGAUUCCCCCACCUACCAGACCUUUCUUCGCUCCUAA